UCAAGUUCUCAUACCAUGUAUUAUGUUUACUAUUUGUAUUUCUAAUCCUUGUUGGACCAAUCACCAAUGUCAUUUUUUAUUUAGUAUUUUUUUAGAUAUUUUGUGAUAAACAAAUGGUUUUUCUUGAAGCAAUUUAGUUUUAAUGAAUGCUCUAUAAUUGUAUGCAUCAAAAUGGUGAACUAAUAUAUAUUAUUGCAGUUCAUAACAAUAUGGAUCAAAAGAAGCAAGAGAAUGAUAUUCCAACACAAACUCAUAACGAAAACCAAAAUAAAUCAAACCAAAUAGCGCAACUAUCUCGUCCUCUAAUUCAUACCGCAGGUACUUCCGCCUUUUCAUCCUACCUGAGUAGAGAGCAUUUCCAACAACGAAAACAACAAGCAUUGCAGAGAAAACUCGACACAUUUUGGGAAAAUCAAAACCAUGAAAUCGAGGAGACAGUCGAUUUCAAAGCUAAUUGUUUGCCUUUGGCAAGGAUUAGGAAGAUAAUGAAAACGGACGAGAAAGUAAGUAUGAUAUCAUCUGAGACACCUGUUCUAUUUGCUAAGGCGUGCGAAAUGUUUAUUACGGAGUUGACAAUGCAGUCAUGGGCUAUCGUAGAGGAGAACAAAAGAAAAACACUUCAAAAGAGUGAUAUUUCAUCUGCAAUAUCAAGGAAUGAUAUGUUUGAUUUUCUAGUUGAUAUUGUUCCAAGGGAAAACACAUUGGAGCAUAACAUAUUUAUGAACAUACCAAGAAGAAAAAGUCCUCCAUUUGCAAAUGUUCCUUAUUAUUAUGUUCCUGUUCCUGUGCCUAUGACAUCUCAGGAUGCUGCAGGUCCAUCAUAUGGUCCUCCAAGAAUGCUUAUGGGAAGAUCUCUUAUUGAUCAACCUCAAUACAAGAGACAACUAAACCAUCCUCUUGCAACUCAACUGUUGCCAAUCUCAAAACAAGAAGAUGAUCAUUCUUCUGAUUUGCCGGAUUCAGAUGAUUGAGUACCUAAUACUUACUGCAUGAAAGUAGUACUAAUUGCAGUGCAU